CUUUUGGAUAAAGAACUCAUGACUUCAGCACGGAUGUACUGGCCAAAUCUAUGACGAAUUUCGACAACAACCCGGAUCCAGAAGACGUUGAACGUAAUCUGGCCUAUCGGUUGCGGCAUGUCAAGGAGCUGUACAAUUCAGUGCGGGCUCUGCAUAUGAGUGGGGACUCGAAACAAGUGCUACAGAGAAUGCGAGAGCUACUACCGGUGGGGGCUAUGCGUGACUGGAGACAAACUUAUGAACUAAUUGAUCAACUUAGUGGCAAUUGGAUGACACUGGCAGAUCUGAUACUGAGCACCACCACCGCAAGGAAAAACUCGGUCAACGUCAUGGUCACCUCUUCUCAGCUGAUUCCGGCGAUGAGCAAGGUCAUGCUAUAUAGUUUGACCAACCACUUUGCCGCAGACAGUAUAUAUGCCUCCAGAGUCGUAGGUAAGGAGGAGUGUUUCAGGAAAAUCAAAGCGAGGUAUGGGAACGCUGCAGUGUACCAUGUCAUCGGUGACAGCGCGGAGGAAAUGGUAGCAGGGAAGAAGUUGGGAUGGGACACACAUCUCGUGCGUAGUGUAGCGCAUCUGAAGCAACUGCUGGUCAACAUCCAUGGGCAUAUUUAGCAGUAAAUAAAAACAAACAGUAUAAAUACGGG